ACAUGAGGUUUUAGGUUUCAUUGCAUCACUAGUAGGCUAGUCUAUUUGGAGCUUGAUGACUCAUGACAUGUUUAUUUGGCUCAAAUCCACUACACUGUCUAUCUGCCCUCCUCUUCCUCCCACACACUUCCCCACACCCUGUUAUAAGUCUGGACAUCUCACCUCGUCAUUCAAACCAAGCCCGGAUCAGAAAGCAGGAUGUACACAGAGCAUGAGUGCGGAAUUUGUUACCGGACCUACAACGCAGGUCGGCGGUGUCCCCGGGAGCUCCACUGCAAACACAGCUUCUGUGAGAGCUGCCUGCUGGCCCUUUCACGACCCCUGGGGCCCGAUGAGGCACGUCUGGGAGCUGACAGAUUCAUCGUCUGCCCGCUGUGUCGACACACCACAUCAAUCUCAGGAGAGGGGAAGUUGAGAGCCGAGCUGAGGGUGGAUGAGUUCGUCCUGGAGCGGCUGCUAGCCUCGGGAGUCCUUUACCAAGAAGAGGAGGACGACCCGGAGGAAGACGAGAGUCGCGUUCAAGACGGUUGUGACGACACCGAGGAGUCGACGCCUCCCGAAACUCCUGCCGAAGACAACGACUUCUCCACGGGCUCCAGAGGUGGGAGGCUCCGGCGGUCUUGUAGGAAAGUUUGGCGGUUGAUUAGCGGGAAGAGCUCACCGCGGAGGGGCGGAGAAAACAGUAUGACCAAUGAUGACAUGAGGAACCUCGCCAUGAUGUCCUGCUACAUGUUUUAAGGGGUCCACAACUUCAGAUACCCUGGAUAAUGUGAUAUGACUAUAUUUAUUUUCAAUGGUUUUCACUCGCAUCUAUGUACUGAUGAUGAUGAUGAUGAUGAUGAUGAAACCUUGGUGGCAAGAUAUACACAGUCAACAAUGAUUUAAGCCAGCUUUGCAGUUGGAUUGCUUGUUUAAAAGAUUACCACUAUGUAGCUGU